AUGACCGACAUCAAAGAAUCGCCCUUCAAGCCCUCGCAGACAUGGCUCGACCGCAUCUGCCUGCUCAAACGCCGCGAGGAUCCCCUCUCACACUCGCCUCUCGAGAAACACACCAUCGUCGCCAUCAUCACUUUAUCCGCCUUCACAGCCCCGUUUGCAUCCUCCAUCCUCUUCCCAUCCUUCACCACCCUCGUCGACCACUUCCACACCUCCGAAACCCGCGUCGCCCUCACGACAACCGUCUUCCUCAUCGGCCUCGCCAUCGCCCCUCUCUGGUGGAGCUCCCUAAGCCAGGAAUACGGCCGCCGCCCGAUCCUCCUUGUUAGCUUUGUCCUCUCUGCGAUCGCCGCUGUCGUCUGCGCAGUCGCCGACUCCGUCUCCCUCGUCAUUGGGUUCCGCUUCGUGGAAGCCCUUUGCUGCUCGUCGGCGCAGAGCGUAGGCGCCGGCGUGAUUAGCGACGUCUUCAUCCCGACGGAGCGCGGCUCUGCCCUCGGCUGGUUCUACCUAGGCACCCUCAUCGGGCCCCUGGUUGCCCCCAUCAUCGGCGGCGCGCUCCAGGUGUGGCUCGGCUGGCGGUGCACGCUGUACUUUAUGGCGCUAUUCACAGGCGCAACAGCACUCAUCACCGCAGUAUCCCUCCCGGAAACACGCGUAUCCCAAGCUCAAACACCGGAUGCAAUCGACACAGAGCGCCAGACCACAUGGCCCCAGCGCCUGCGCCGCGACAUGCUCGCCCCGCUCCCCAAACUCCAAUACCUGCUCGUCCCCUCGAUCGCCCUGUGCAUCGCCUACGUGAGCAUCUGCUUCGCAUCGCUCUACUGCUUCAACACAACCCUCCCCUACGCCUACAUGGCGCCCCCCUACAACUUCUCCGCAAUCGAAGUCGGCCUGUGCUACAUCAGCAACUGCCUCGGCUACGCAAUCGGCAGCUUCGCCGGUGGCAAGCUCAGCGACGCCGCGCUGCGCCGCUACGCAGCCACACACCACGGCGCCACGCACGCCAUCGCCCGCCUGCACACCGUUUGGUACGGGGUCGGAUUCGUCCCGCUCGGGCUCCUGCUGUACGGAUGGCUGGUGGAGCGGCACGUGUUCUGGGUGGCGCCGCUGGUCGGCGCGUUCCUCUUCGGGCUGGGCCUCAUGCUUGUCACGGCGACGGUGAUGCCGUUCCUGGUGGAUGUGGUGCCGGCCGGCGGGGGCGCGUCGGUGGUUGCGGAUUUGAACCUCGUGAGGAAUCUGCUGGCGGCGGUCGGGACGGUGGUUUCGCCGAUUGCCGCGGGGGGGAUCGGGUAUGGCUGGUGGAUGACGGUUCUCGCGGGGCUUUGUGCGCUGAGUACGGGGUGUGUUGGGGUUGUGGUUUGGAGGGAGGGGAGGAGGGAGGCGAGGGAGAAAAGUCAGAGUGGGCAGGGCACGCCAGCUUGA